GCAUGUAAUUUUAAUUCACAUUUCCACAGUUAGCUGUAGAGAGAGAAAAAAGGGGAGAGAGAGAGAGCAUGGCGGAGAGAGAAGACGCUAUUGUUGUUUGUGUUCGUAACGCAAUAUUGGUGAUGGAUUCUCUGGACCCUCUGGAGAUUGGCAGUCAGAUCCGUUACAAUACCUUGGAGGGACUCUUCUGAAUCUUUGUGGGCACAAUUUUAACUCUAUACAGCCCACUAAUUCACAUAGCAUUUCGGUUCUGCAUAUCUUCUUCUGAUUCUCCACCUUUUGUUCUCGGAAGGGUUGAAUUCCAUGGACGAUAGAGAUGAUUUUUGAUAACCCUAAGUUGUUUCUGAAGGUGGUGAUGCUUUGAUUCUGCUACUUGCAUCUGUUCGAUUGAUUGGUUUUGCUUUUGAUAAUCUAAUCGUUUUUGGCAAUGACGAGACUCAGGGAACGCACCCUUAGAGAGCUCUACGGUGUCACUGAUUUGCUUACGCAACCGGAGAUCACACCAGUCCUGAAAGGGAGUUUCCGUAUACAAGGACCUGUGGAUGAGGUGGACCUCAACAUCCAGUCGAAUACGGGAUCAUCUCAAGCUGAAAAAAGAUUUGAUAGGCAUUUUCCCAGUGAGAACGUUCAAAUGAAGGUGGAAUCUGGGACAUGUAAUGUGUGCUCAGCUCCUUGCUCAUCAUGUAUGCAUUUUAAUCGAGCUGUCUCGUUCAUGGCAUCAAAAACUGAGGAUGAAUUUUCUGAUGGAACAUGUCGGGGGAAGGCAGCUAGUCGGUGUUCUUUUAAUGCUGCUGCUGUAUUACCUCCUAAGAGCAGAGCAUGCAAUGAUCAGCAACCUACAGCCAGCGAAAUCAGUAACUUAGUCAGUACCAGUUCAAGUCAUGAUUCAUUUUCUGAAAAUGCUGAAAGUAAAAUUUUGAGAACAUUUGAUACAUCUGAAGAUGUCAAGAUGCUCCCAAAGCACCACUCAGGUGGAAUGAACGGUCAAGAUCUGCCUAUUCCCAAAACCAUUUCUGGUCAGAGAGCUGUGAUUUCAGCAAGCAGUCAUACUGUAUCUAAUUUGGAUCGGAGAACCUUCUCAAAUCAAGAUCAAGAGCAGAGAGGUUUUGACUGCCAUGGCGAUAACAUUUCAUGUGUUAGUGGAGCUAAUGAUGCAGAUAUCCCAAAUGGUAAUCAUAAUGUGGGCAUGGAGAGGAAGAAUGUAUCAUGUAGUUCAGCUUCAGUUUGUAGCUUCCCUCCAGGAGUAAUAGAGAAGAAAGUUAAUGUCCACAAUGCUUCAGGUUGUCUCUCCGAUUUUCCUUACGAAAUAGAAGAGAGCCACACUAACUCUAGGAGAUCAGGUAUGCUCUCCAAAGAAUCUAUACAAAAGAAGAGUCCUGCAAUUACAGCUACUCUGGUUUUUAGUAAUAAGACUGAUUCAUCAGAGGUUCCUUCCUCAAAAGAUAUCUAUGCUAGCAAUUGCUCACCAAAAGUACAAACUCCAUAUUCUCCUUCUCACAGUGGUAAAGCAAUCUUUUGUAAUGCAGAUGCCAAGGAUCUAGAAGAGAACUCAUUUUCUCACUUCCAAGGAGAACCUUCAGAAUGUUCGAUGGAACAUAUAGAAUCAUCAUUGGAUAGAGUGGUAAUAAGUGAUGGUGUUGCUGUCCAGGAAAAUACUGCAUGUAACUCUGCUGACAUUACUUUGAAAUUGGACAAUAGCAAACCUAACCUCGUCACAAGUGCUUCUUCCAUUUCAAUGAAGGUUUAUCCAUGCUUGGAAGCUGAAGUUGCCAUUGAUACUGGGGAACCAGAAACUGAAGCUGUGAAAUGCUCCGAAAAAAAUGAACAAGAUGAAAAGUCCCAUGCAUCAUCUGAGGUAGCUUAUACACAUGACCCUCCAGUGCAGUCCCAGCACAUUGAUGAGAGAGAUGGAUCAGAUAUUGUGGAGGAUGAUGUAAAAGUUUGUGAUAUCUGUGGGGAUGCUGGUCGUGAGGAAAUGCUUGCUUUUUGUAGUAGGUGCAGUGAUGGAGCUGAACACACUUAUUGUAUGCGAAUAAUGUUGGAUAAAGUUCCAGAAGGUGAUUGGCUGUGUGAAGAAUGCAAGCUCAAGGAGGCAACUGAAACACAAAAGCAAGAUAAAUUGGAAACAGUGUCUGGUACCUCCAAAGCAUCAUGUUUGAAUGCAAUAGAUAAAUCUGGAGGUGCAGGUAUAGUUAGUUCUAAGCUUCUUCAAAAAGCGGAUGUUAAAGAAGCAAAGUUGGAUGCCAAAGAUUCAGAUGCUGAAGGAACCAAAGUUGGUCCCAGUCACGUUCUCCCUGCUAAGCGUCAAUCAGACAGUAUUGAAGUUGCUUCAGUUGUAAAAAGGCAGGUUCAUGAAACAAGCAUUGGAUCACCGACAGCAUCCAGCCCAGGAAGAAAAGCUUCACUGUCUCGAGAGAGUUCAUUCAAGAACCUGGAUAAGGGAAAAGUUAAGCCAUCCCAGCCAAUCCCUUUCUCUGGGAACCACACUGCCAAUAAUUUUCAAGAUACUGCAGACUCUCCUACAAUUUCGGGUCAUAACUUAUCAAGGAUACAAUCGCGACUUCAGUCUCCUCGUGGAACUCUGUUGAAGUCAAAUUCAUUCAGCACUUCAAGUUCAAAAUCAAAAGUAAAAUCGAUGCAGGACGAUGUCUCUCCAAAGAAAAAACUGGCCAAAGAGGUUUCUGUGAAUGACUCAAAAAAGCAGGGAAUUGUCAAAACAAUAAGCAAAUCUAUGUCCUUCAAGACUACACUAACUGGCCGUUCAAAUGCAACUGAAGCAAAAGUUAAAAUGCUUCCUUCGAAUUUCAACCGAACUGAGGAUCUGAAAGGAAUAAAACAAGCAAAAGAGCGGAAUUUAGUUGAAAGGAAGAGUUCUUUUAAAUUGGAUCGCCCACUUGUCAGUUUACCGACUGCUCUUUCCAGUGUGUCUAAUACAAAGGAUGAUCAAAAGACUACAUUUCAUGUUGAAACUAUGCCAUCACAUUCCUUUGCCGCCAAUUACCGUGAUCUGAAAGCUGUUCAACCUGAUGGAAAAUUGGAGGCUUCUAUGAAGCCAACAAGUCUUCUUGGAAAAAGACGACCAGAGUCUCCAAAUUCUAUGGCUGGAUUUGGUGAAGGCAAGAGGCUGACCUCAAUUUCCACCAGUGUGCUUGGAGCUCCAUCUUCUAAUGGAAAGGGUACUUCUGUUGAACUAAAGCCAAGACAAGCUGUCCCCAAGGAGGAACCUAUUUCAAGUUCUACCUGGAAUGGUCAUAAAUCUGGCAGCAAACCUGAUGCAAUGCAAGAUGGCUUACCUCAAUCUGGGGAGUCUACAAACCAGGAAGGAAGAACUAGGGAGCCUCCCAUCAGUCACUCAAGGCCAGUUGGAGGUCAAAAAAUUCGUUGUAACAAAUGUAAAGAAAUAAGCCAUGCAGCACACUGUUGCCCCAUUGGCGGUCCUCGGGACUCUGUUGUUAAAGCUUCUUCUACAAGAAGUUCAUGGGAGGUGAUGGGUAAAAGUACUAAACUGAAGGAGGCAGUUGAAGCUGCUGUACUGAAAAAACCUGGACUAUACAAAAGGAACACAUUGGGGGAUCAAUCUGAUGAGUUAUCCUUGUCAAAUACUGAUGUGAACUGCGAAGCAGUUCCUAAGGACCAGUUUUCUACUCCUUCAAGCUGCGUGAGGAAUUUGAACUCUGGCGAAGGGACCAAUGAUGGGUGGGAGAUUAUUGGGAGCCCUGCUAAUGACUCAAUUAAAACCACUAGUAUUGAUGUGAAGCAGCAUGUUGCACCCCCAAUGGAAUCGUUACGCAUCUACAAAGCAGCAGAACUGGAUGCUGCUGCCACUUUGAAUGGGAUUAAAAUGAAGCCCUUCAUGAGAGAGUCCCAUAUUCUAGCUUCUGCAGGGACUGCUCAAUCACAGUUUUCAGCUAUUCCAGAGCAUGAUUACAUAUGGCAAGGUGGUUUUGAGGUGCAGAGGAGUGGGAUGCUUCCUGAACUCUGUGAUGGGAUUCAAGCACACUUGUCAACUCGAGCAUCACCCAAAGUUCUUGAAGUAGUGAACAGGUUUCCUUCUAAAGUCCAGAUGGAGGAGGUACCUCGUCUAAGUGCAUGGCCAGUACAAUUUCAGGAACACCCUGCCACGGAAGAUAACAUUGCUCUUUACUUCUUUGCCAAAGAUCUUGAGAGCUAUGAAAGGAGCUACAGGAGCUUGUUAAAUAAUAUGAUUAAGAAUGAUUUAGCUCUCAAAGGAAACUUUGAUAGCAUUGAACUACUGGUUUUCCCUUCAUUCCAGCUACCUGAGAAAUCACAGCGUUGGAACAUGCUAUUUUUCUUUUGGGGCGUUUUUAGGGGAAAGAGGGUUAAUAACCUGGAACGCGUACCUGACUAUGAAGAGAAGCUUUCUCAAGUCAGUGCAGAUGUUAUUCACUUGGAUCAAGAUUCAUCAGAUCAUGUGAUGCCUGUGUCUCAAAUAAAUUGUUCAUCUGGUAAAAUGGAUGAAGAUUUAUCUUCAUUCAAUGGAUCAUCUGGUGCACAGCAAGCAGCCAAAUCUACUGUCUCAUCAGAAUUUUUAUUUUCUGGAGGAUUGGAUUUGAACUGCGAAGCAAAAGUAUCUUCUCCUGAUCAGGAAUCUCUGGAUUUUAACUCACAUUUUGAUGAGCACGAUAGUGGUCUCAACACCUCUCCCUUGUCAAGGGUUCGAACUGAUGUCCAAUGCACAGAACUGAACAGCAGUGGCUUCCUACUGGUAGAACAAAUAGAUCUAGAAAGCAAACCGGAGGUAGGGCUUCGACCAACUGUACACGUGAAUAGACAGAAUGGUUCCUUCGUUAAAGGUAAAAUGGUGUCUACGGGCCUUGCACAGUGGGAUAGUUCAAUUGAUGGACAGGAUACUCUGUCCAUGUCGAAAACACUUCCCAUUGAUACUUCUCAUGCUCUAGGUGUUGGUGUGAACAACAUGAGUAAUGAAAAUAUCCAGGAAAGAAUAAAUGACCGUAGCAGAGAUCAAGUGAGAGUUCUGAAUAAAGUGAAGGAUGAGAGAAUGGUGGACUUGGGAACUGCUUGUGUGGAAAUCGCAGUGACUGACCGAGUGGAGAAAGAAUGCAGCAGUUGGGAUUUCAACAGGAAAUGUCUGCACCCAGACAUUGCACAGAUGGUCUCACCAGCUUCUGGUGAAACUUCAACUGCCAGAAGUAGAACAGUUCCAUGGAAAGAAAAGAUGGAGUGUAGAUUAGUUGAUGGAGAAAGUGAAAGUAACCAAGCAAUUCCAUGGAAAGAAGAGAUGGUGAGUAUAUUAGUUGAUGGAGAAAGUGAAAAUAAGAAGAUGAAGCAGUGUUUCAGCGAAGAAUUAGUUUGUAGUAGUUCUAAGGGGCUUCCUGGAUUCCCUGUCAAGGAGCAGAGAUAUGAUGGAGCCUAUGAGAAUGUGAUGAUCUCUGAGAACUUGAGAGCUACUGAAAGGCAUUUCUUUCCCAUGGAUUUUGGUCCUGUGAGGGACCACAGAUUUGGGAGUACCUCUGUACCAUGGAUGGUUCGAUCAUCAGGUGAAAGGGAUGGGCUUGAGUCGGAAGCCCCUAAUCUUGAGCUCGCUUUAGGACCAAAACAGGGAAGACUGGCUCUUUUUGGCCAGACGAUCAGUGAGGCAAAUAACAAUGACAAGCGUCUAGAAUCACUGAUGAAAAAUAAGGAUAAUGAUGAUAAUUGUGAGAGUGCAGGAUCUCUUGCACUCUCUCUUGCCUUUCCUUUCUCUGAAAAGGAGCAAAUUGUGAGGCCUGUUUCGAGGAUGGAGCAAAUUUUGCCUGAGAGGCACCAAGUGAACACUUCGCUGCUUCUCUUUGGUCGCUUCUCUGAUACUUGAGAGAUUGUAGUGCUAGCACACUGUAAAUUACGGCACAUGGAUGCUCCCCAGUGUAUAUCAAAGAUCAUCAAGGUCCAAGGAUGAUCUCUUAUGGGUUCGACCGAUGAACCCACUCAGUUGUUCAUAGCCUUUCAUAUCCUUACAAAAUCCUUUUGUAUCCCCCCACCCCCCUCCCUUUUCUUUCCCUUAUUUUGGUUCUUCAUUUACUUUUAGUUUUGAGUGAUAGUUAACGGCUGUUUGUAUAUAAAGAGAAUGAAAGCCGCCAAAUCUCUAAAUGUCAUGCGGGGCAUUGCAAAGGAUGUCUGUAAGUUGAGAUUCCUCUUUUUCUCUUUCAUUCCUUUUUCUGCCCCCACAAGUUUUUCAAUCAAGUAUAUAAACAUUCUCCAGA